AUGGCGGCUCACGAUCCAUCAUCCACGGACGUCAAGGUGCAGGGCCCCCAACACCACAAGCAUCACCAAGAUGGCAACUAUGACCCCAAAUCUAGCCUCAUAGCAGAAGCCAAGUCUGGCGCCAUCGCGGAACAAUCCAUGUCCCUUGGCACCGCCCUCCAUCUCUACCCCAAAGCCAUCCUCUGGUCGGUCCUCCUCUCGUCCACCCUCAUCAUGGAAGGUUACGACCUCGCCCUGCUGGGGAACCUGUACGCCUCGCAGCCGUUCAAUCGCAAAUACGGCACGUACAAUACUUCCACUAAGAAAUACGCCGUCAGUGCUGCCUGGCAGUCUGGUUUGUCCAACGGCGCGAGGGCAGGCGAGAUCAUUGGCUUGAUCCUUGCGGGGUGGACGGUUGAUAGAUGGGGGUAUAAGAAGAGCAUGGUCCUGUUUUUGGCCCUGAUGAUUGCAUUUGUGUUUGUGUUGGUAUUUGCGCCAAGUGUCGGGGUCCUGGUGGCAGGGGAGGUGUUGUGUGGCAUUCCUUGGGGCGCGUUUCAAAGUAUAACACCGGCAUACGCAUCCGAGGUUGCGCCAGUUGUGCUGCGCCCCUAUCUGACCACCUUUAUCAACAUGUGCUGGGUUAUUGGACAGUUCUUUGCCGCAGCCGUCAACAAGGGGUCCAAUGGACGUACAGACGAGUGGGCAUAUAGGAUUCCCUUUGCGGUGCAGUGGGUAUGGCCUGUUCCCAUUCUUGCCGGCGUGUUGUUUGCUCCAGAAUCCCCCUGGUGGCACAUGCGCAAAAACGACCGCGCAUCCGCAAAGGCGUCUCUCUUGCGCCUCACAUCUCCUUCUCACACGGCAUUCAACCCCGACGCCGCACUGGCUCUCAUCGAGCACACCAAUGAAAAGGAGCGCCAGCUGAAAGAAGGGGUCAGCUACGUCGACUGCUUCAAGGGGGUGGACCUGCGUCGCUCCGAAAUCGUCAUCGGCAUCUGGCUCGUGCAGACGCUGGGCGGGCAGAACCUCAUGGGCUACUUCUCCUACUUCCUCACGCAGGCGGGCAUGGACCCCCAAAACAGCUUCUCGCUGUCCAUGGGCCAGUAUGCGCUGGGCAUGGUGGGCACAGCUGGCUCCUGGCUCCUGAUGAGCCGUGUCGGCCGGCGCAAGAUUCACUUUGGCGGUUUGUGCUGCCAAUUCGCGCUCCUCGUCAUCGUGGGCUGCCUGUCCUUCUCGGCGGAUAACAACUCGGUGUGGGCGAUUGGCGCAAUGCUCAUCAUCUUUACGUUUGUGUACGACUUUACCGUGGGACCGGUGACGUAUUCGCUCGUUUCUGAGCUGUCGAGCACGCGGCUGAAGAACAAGACGAUUGUGCUGGCGAGAGCCGCGUACAACGCGAGCAACAUCUUUGUGAACGUCAUGACCAAUUAUCAGCUGAGUUCGACUGCGUGGAACUGGGGUGCCAGGACGGCGUUUUUCUGGGCCGGCAGCUGUCUGCUUUCCGUGGUCUGGGUCUUUUUCCGAUUGCCUGAGCCCAAGGGACGGACGUAUGCGGAGCUGGAUGAGCUGUUUGAGAGGGGCGUGCCGGCGCGCAAGUUUGCAAAGACGCACGUUGAUCCGUAUGCUGGUGAGGAGAAGCACCAUGUGUAG